AGACGGCAGACGAUUAGCUCAGGUUUACAUCACCCUGCCGGGCGGGAGCCGGCGCGCGGCGGUCCCAAGUCACUCGUGGCAGAGGCGCCGCGGCUCCGCACACGUCCUUCGCCAGGUCCGGACCAGGAGAUCGCCGGGUCCCAGGACAGGAGGGACGCCGGGACAAGAUGCGAGCCACCCCUCUGCCUGUUUCUGCCGGUGCCCCCUCCAGGAAGAAGCGGGUGGAGUCAUUGGCUGACUUGAACUCUGAGUGGCCCAUUGAGAAACGAGCUCGAGGUGGGCCCCAGCCCCGGCCAGUGACCUGCCUGCAGUCCCUGAGCCCACCCCCUGCUCCACCCAGGGCACCUGCUGUGGCCCCUGCCUCCCUCCUGCUUGGCCCUUACAUCCUCCUGGAGCCUGAGGAGGGUGGGCGGGCCUACCGGGCCCUGCACCGCCCCACGGGCACCGAGUACACCUGCAAGGUGUACCCUGCCUGCGAAGACCGGGCGGUGCUGGAGCCUUACUCGAGGCUGCCCCCGCACCAGAAUGUGGCUCGGCCCAAGGAGGUCCUGCUGGGCCCUGAGCUCCUCUGCGCCUUCUUCCCUCGGACUCACGGGGACCUGCACAGUCUGGUGCGCAGCCGCCGCCGCGUCCCCGAGCCUGAGGCCGCCUCGCUCUUCCGGCAGAUGGCCUCCGCCCUGGCGCAUUGCCACCAGCACGGUCUGGUCCUGCGUGAUCUCAAGCUGCGUCGCUUCGUCUUCGCCAACUGUGAGAGGACAAAGCUGGUGCUGGAGAACCUGGAGGAUGCCUGUGUCCUGACGGGGCCUGAUGACCAGCUGUGGGACAAACAGGCGUGCCCAGCCUACGUGGGACCUGAGAUCCUCAGCUCGAGAGCAUCCUACUCUGGCAGGGCAGCGGACGUCUGGAGCCUGGGCGUGGCUCUCUUCACCAUGCUGGCUGGCCACUACCCCUUCCAGGACUCGGAGCCCACCCUGCUCUUUGGCAAGAUCCGGCGAGGUGCCUUUGCCCUGCCGGCCGGCCUCUCAGCCCUGGCCCGCUGCCUGGUCAGCUGCCUCCUGCGGCGGGAGCCAGCGGAGAGGCUUACAGCCACCGGCAUCCUGCUGCACCCCUGGCUGCAGGGGGACCCAGUCCCCUUCACUCUGUCCCAGUCCCACCUUGGGGAGGCUGACCAGGUGGUCCCUGAUGGGCCGGGUCUAGAGGAGGCCGAGGGGGAGGUGGGUCUGUACAGCUAGGCCACCCUGCUAGAUGCCCAGCUGCGAACCGUGGGCUGAGUCUGAGGUCUCCAAGUUUUCUCCUGCCUCUUUCUACUGAGCCCAACCUCAGCUGCCUUCUAGGUGGGACGAAGUGUGGACCACCAGCUCACUUGUGCUCUUUCACACACGUCAUGCUGGUGUGCCCAUUGUGGGCCCUGUGCUGGGUGCUUGUUACGCAGCAGUGAGUAAAGGAGGUGUACUCUCGGCUCCAGAGCUGAUGAGUGUGCACACACACACCGGCCAGUCUGCCAGGGCACACUCAGUACCAGGGUCACCCUCCACUUGUGCUGGUGCCAAGGCCCUCUGCUCACAGGACAGUUCCUGUCAGCAACCCAGCUGCCUUGGUACCUUGACUUGGGAGGGAAAGGGAAACAGGCAUCUCUGUAUCAAAGGUGCCCAGCCUUGCCCAGCAGCUAGGCCCACAAACAGGCAUUGUGCACCAGCAGCUCUGACCUCCAGAUUGAUGGAGAAAUUCUCUCUGUCUGUCUGUCUGUCUGUCUGUCUCUCUCUCCAGGGUCUCACUAUGUAGUUCAGGCUAGCGUUGAACUC